UUGUCGUACAGUGGCAUACCAUCAUGAAACAUGAGAAGAUGCUGCUGUUGGUCGAUUGUUUCCACGCCAUAGACGAUCUUAUCCAGAAACUCACCCACAUUGUCGAAGGCGAAGUGCAUGCGGCACAGGCAAGAACAUAUUCCAAAUCAUAUAUACGAUACUUCUUUGAGAGAAUAAUGGACAUGGACGAUGCUCCUAGCCCUUCUCAGCCCAUAGCAGGCCCUUCGGCCUUCAAGAAGGCCCCAGCCAAAGUAAGCUGUCUCCAGUGCCGAGCAGCAAAGAGAAAGUGCAACACCCCGGAUGCCAAUACUACUUGUCGAAGAUGUCAAGGGCAUGGUCUAGUCUGCCAAUACACGAAACAUCGUCGCGGAAGGAAGAAGAAGGUCCUCGAACGGAAUCAGUCCUCAGCUCGCCCAUCUCACGAUCCCGUCCCUAGUAGCAUGUCAUCUACGGCAGACAUUCCCAACACAGGCAUUGCCGACACCGAAGUUGGAGGCUUAUUUGAGUCAGUUCCUCCCCAAUCACAUCCUUCGUCUCUCCCAGCAAUAUCUCAGAAUGCACGACAUGCAUCGAUAGUCAACGAUGUUUCGCUCGUUUCUGCCAAUGAAAGCACCAGCUUCUUGAGCCAUCAAGCGGAUGCCUCUUCUACACACAAAAAGCUACCACACGAGGAGAUCGCUUUGACUGGUAGAAGGACAAACACCAUUGGCCGGUUUGGAAUUCAUUAUUCGCACGUUAUCCCCAAUGAAGGAGACUCGUCGCCGUUCGUUGGACAACCUGCUCCAAGUAGCAAUGUGUUGACACAAGACCAGGACAUCCUUAUACAGCGAUUGAGGCCUGACUGUCCUGAUCCAGUGAGAGCGGGAUUAUUAACAGAUCAGGAUGCGUUCGAAAUGUUUGAGUUUUAUUUCCGCCAUUUGAACGCGACUGUCGCUAUCCUCGACCCAGUCAUCCACAAUGCUACAUACUGCCGACAUCAUUCACCUCUACUCUUCACUGCGGUUCUCACCGUCACUGCGCGGAUCAUGCGUCCCAAGGCUUAUUCUGCAUGUCUGCUUCUGUCGAACAGGUUUGUAGGCCAGGCGGUCGAGUUUGGAUUAUGUUCGAUUGAGAUCGUACAGGCUUUAAACCUUCUCACACAUUGGAAGAAGCCAGAUGACGAGACGAGUUUUAGAAGAGUUGGGUAUGCUAUCCGGUUAGCGCAAGAGUUGCGACUGGACACAAGAGGCCCUAGGCCGCUGCCAAAAGCUGAAAGACAGGCUAGAGAAAUUCUGAAUCGAGAGAGGGCAUGGUUCAACCUGAUUGUUGCCGAUUAUCACCUGGCCAUCCAUCACUCACUUCCGCGUAUGAUCAAAGAAGAUGUCGACGAUCCUGCCGACUGGGUGCUGGAACACUCCCAUCUUCUUACUCCUGGAGAAUCCUCACUCGGCCCCUUGGUCACUUUUAGCAGAAUGUGCCGUCUCUACGCCGAUAGUCUUGGAGCUAUGAACGGCGAUCCUUCCAACAUGCGGAUGCUGAGCUGGAUAGAGCUCGAAUGGAAAAGAUGGAGGAAUCGCUGGCUGGAGGAUAAUGAACGCUAUAAUUUUGUUCAAUCUCAAAUCUCCACAUUCAGGCUCUGUGAUUCAUACUUCCGAUUCCACAUUUGCGAGUAUAGACUUUUAUUUACUGCGAGAUACGAAGCACCUGGUCAAGUGUUGGAUACUACCCAGCCUUCGCCGCUGUCAAUAGCUUUUUCCGAGUGCGUAGAUGCUGCUUUAGGAGUAGCGCUGGUGGUUCAAAACGACUUUGUACCGUAUGGUUACUUGCCUUAUUGCUUUAACCUGACUUGGGUUGCCCUGGCAGUCAAUUCCAUCUGGCUGAUCAAAAACAUUUCACCGAUGACCUCUGCCGACCGCGCACGCGUCAUCCGUACCCUCUCCGACAUCCAGUUCUCAAUCGAAGAAGCGUCUUGCUCUUCCGACGACAUGGCCGCCUAUACACACCGUCUCCUCAAGCAUCUUCUCAGCGGGGUAUCCCCCGAAUGGCAACUCGCAUCCUUCAUGACUGAACCAUAUCCCCACACUUCUGUCGACGCUACUUCCACCUCCCAGCAUACUCAACAAAAAACAUUGUCAAACUCUGGUUCUGCUGUUGCGGCAGAUCAAACUAGCCCUCAAAACUGGGCACCUUCAAGUGCGCAAGAGAUGAUUCAAGGAUAUCUGUGGAGUCAGCCAAACGGGUAUGUGCCUCCUCCUGCUGGCGCCGGACCUAUGAAUGCGACUUCGCUGGAAGAUGCACAAGAGAUGGGCACAGUGCCAGGCAUCCAACCGAAUAAAGAGUACAAUGACAUCUUCCCUGCUGACGAUGAUGACUUUUGGAAACAUCUUUUCCCGUUUGGUAGUAUAGGCAAUUAGUUCGGCCGUUCACCUGUUGUUUAGUGUAUCAUAGAAUUAUCAUGCACGUCACAAUGUAGCUCCAUGCUGGAAAGCAGGCCAUUUUGGUGGACAUUUUAUCAGCGUGCCAUUUAUAAUGAGUGUCUAUUUCACCAAACUGGAAAUUCUUAGUAGACCUUUCCGUACCUGCUGCUCCGCUGUCCGUUGAUAUUUCCCAA